UAAAGAUGGAUAUUAUGAAGUAAUAGUAGUGUGACUGCUUUCAUAAUGAUAAAGUUAGAACAAUUUAGUUUAAAUGCAAUGAAUGGGUGGGAUUGCGGAAGAUACACAAAUGUACGCAUUGAGCAGAGACCGGACGAGUCAAUCGGCGCGCGAGCACCGCUCCCUGCUUCCAUCGAGGGAUUGACAAAUUGAAUUGAUGGCGGUGACGUCACGCGUAAUACAGAUGAACACUGAACAUCAAAUUAUCAGAAUGUACUAAUGUGUACUUACCUACAUGCAAACAUCCGAUGUUAAUAAUCGUAACAACAACGUUGUUAUCACACCAGACUUUUUAAUUAAUCGUGGCCCCAUUUUGCAAAUUAAAUACGUGAGUAAAAUUAAUUUCAACGUUUUGAUCGGCGCGGUCUAAUUUUAUCCCUGUAUGCUCGUUACCUUAACACCAUGCGAAGUACCAUGCACGACUAGCAAUAUUAUGCCAACCUCUUUAUUAAGAGAACAAUUUGCGUUGCCGUUUAAAUUUUAUAUUGUUUCCUAUAGGCUUAUGGUUCUAAACAUUAGAUACACAAUUUACGAAAUAAUACUGCAGAGUGAAAUUGAAAACCCUAGCAAUGACUUGCAUUUUCCUUUAGUCAGUUUCUAAUAUUAACAAGUACACUCUAAGUAGUGGCAUCACACUUGUGACAAUAGGGCGCUACAAAUACGCAUAGUUUCAAACGGUUUUGUCAACAAUUAAGAUCACCAUUGGUGUCGUAAAAUGGAAUUAAGAAAGCAUUCGUGAUGGCGAAAGAAAUGCAAGGUUUAUAACUAGCAAUGCAGGGCCUGUCCUCGUCAAUAAUCAAGGACCUUCAGUAGUAAAACUCGAUUAAGUUCCGCCAAAAAAUAUUUUCAAGGAAAUGUCAACCCCCUCCAGAUGUGAGUGAGAGGUCUGGCAACAUCAAUUGAGGUUGUAUUUAUUUGUACGCAUGCGUGUGCACUGCGUCAACUGAGCCGGGUGGCGUAUAUUACGACAUCAACGUCGCUGAAAACGUAACAUGGUAGCCCCCACUGCUUCCUCUGUAGUCUUGGACUUAGGGGCUGAACCUAAAGCCAUUGACAAAGCGUCCGCGAUGAGUAACGCUCGGUGCUACGCGGUGAUGCCGGGCCCUAAGCCCCUGCCUAUUCUCGGUAACAGUUGGAGAUUCGCUAUAGGGAAGAACCCUUGGAGAACCCGUGCUUUGGAUGUUUCACUGUGGUUCCUGAGAGCUUUGGCAGGUGAUGGGGGAGCGGCUAAAGUGUCCAAAUUAUUUGGACAUCCUGACUUAGUGUUUCCAUUCUGUGCUGAGGAAACUGCAAGGAUUUACAGGCGGGAAGAUUUAAUGCCACAUCGAGCUAAGGCACCGUGUCUCAGUCACUAUAAACAGAAUUUGAGGAGAGACUUUUUUGGGGAUGAGCCCGGUCUAAUUGGAGUACAUGGGGAGCCGUGGUCUAGAUUUAGAUCGAAAGUAUCCAAAGCAUUGAUAGCACCGGAGGCAGCAAGGGCUGCAGUGCCCGAUUUAGAACAUGUGACCGACGAUUUUGUUCACAGAAUGGAAUGCAUUCUCGACGAUAAUCGUGAGCUGCCGAAAGAUUUUCUCACGGAACUCUACAAAUGGGCCCUUGAGUCUGUGGGCGCUUGGGCCUUGGGGACAAGACUCGGAUGUUUAAAGGAUAACGAUGCUGAAGCAAAGGAGAUAAUUAGGUGUAUUCAUGGGUUCUUCCAUAGUGUUCCUGUACUGGAACUGUCUGCACCCUUGUGGCGAAUAUAUUCAACGCCGGCUUACAAAACAUAUAUUGAAGCUUUGGAUGCGUUUAGAGCGCUGUGUUUGAAAAGGUUGACUGAUAAGGGUAUUUGUUCUCAAAUUGCGAAGGCUUCUGGAGAAAAGGUUGCCACUAUAUUGGCUUUGGACCUGCUACUGGUUGGUGUGGAUACCACAGCAGCUGCUGCAGCGAGUACUUUGUAUUUACUGGCCAAUAAUGAAAGAGCACAGAAAAAACUACAAAUAGAAAUGGACAACAACCUGCCCAGAGACAGAGGAAUGACUAGUAAGGACUUAGACAGGAUGCCUUACCUCAAAGCUUGUAUAAAGGAAUCAUUGCGAAUCAAACCAGUUAUUUUGGGCAACGGAAGGUGUAUCCAAUCAGAUGCCGUGAUAUCUGGAUAUUCCGUUCCUAAAGGGUCGCACGUCGUUUUCCCGCAUUACAUCCUAUCAAACGAGGAACGGUACUUCCCGUCGCCGAAGGAAUACGUUCCCGAAAGAUGGCUACGUGACAAUGAAGUUCGGGCGCCUGAUCAAGCUCCUUCAGGAUCGAUAACUAAUGCUGAUAAGCCAGGAUGCUCGUAUACAAGAGCGAUGGAGGUGUGUCGCAAGCAAAAGGAAGUAGGGAUCCACCCAUUCGCCUCACUUCCUUUCGGCUUUGGACGACGCAUGUGUAUUGGAAAGAGAUUUGCCGAAGCUGAGUUGCAACUUUUACUUGCUAAGAUAUUCCAGAAAUACAAUGUAUCGUGGCGGUACGGCGAGUUAACUUAUAGUGUAACGCCGACGUACGUGCCGAACGAACCGUUGCAGUUCACACUCCAUAAGAGAAACGGUAACAACACUAGCCUAUAAUUUUACAUGUUAAACAAGUAAGGCGAACAACCAAAGACGAUUUAAUUUAGGCAACGAUUUCUAUGAGCAAGUUUAUAUUUAACUUGCAAUGUAUGUCAGUAUGUUAGUUUAGGAUUAAACUAAGUUUAAAAUGUGCACGGCAGACUUUUUCAAAUAAACCCUUUAUGUUGGCACCUUUAUUUGCAUUUCAUUAUUUAUACACUCGUAAUAGCUGUUGCAACUGGUAAGUUCAAUGUUUGGUUCUAAAACAAAACCUACAUUUCGGUCGAAAGAAAGUCAACCUUUACUCAUUCAAUAUUAUGGGGAUUACGAAAUGUCCAUAAAGUAACGGUUCAUGUAAUGUUUGAGUAGAAUUUCUUUGCACUUGGACGUGUCAUAAGUG